ACCCAGCUCCCCGGCCCCGGAGGCUGUGACAAUGGACUAUGACUUUAAAGUGAAGCUGAGCAGCGAGCGGGAGCGGGUCGAGGACCUGUUUGAAUACGAGGGCUGCAAAGUUGGCCGAGGCACUUAUGGUCACGUCUACAAAGCCAAGAGGAAAGAUGGGAAAGAUGAUAAAGACUAUGCUUUAAAACAAAUAGAAGGAACUGGGAUCUCUAUGUCGGCAUGUAGAGAAAUAGCAUUACUUCGAGAGCUUAAGCAUCCAAAUGUCAUCUCUCUUCAAAAGGUUUUUCUGUCUCAUGCUGAUAGGAAAGUAUGGCUUCUGUUUGACUACGCUGAACAUGACCUCUGGCAUAUAAUCAAGUUUCACAGAGCUUCUAAAGCAAACAAGAAGCCAGUUCAGUUACCUCGGGGAAUGGUGAAGUCACUAUUAUAUCAGAUCCUAGAUGGGAUUCACUACCUGCAUGCUAACUGGGUGUUGCACAGGGAUUUGAAACCUGCUAAUAUUUUAGUUAUGGGUGAAGGUCCUGAGCGAGGAAGAGUAAAAAUUGCUGAUAUGGGCUUUGCCCGAUUAUUUAAUUCACCUUUGAAGCCUUUAGCAGAUUUGGAUCCAGUAGUUGUAACAUUCUGGUACCGAGCCCCAGAAUUACUUCUUGGAGCGAGACAUUAUACCAAAGCUAUUGAUAUUUGGGCUAUAGGGUGUAUAUUUGCAGAACUACUAACGUCAGAACCAAUAUUUCACUGUCGACAAGAGGACAUCAAAACUAGUAAUCCUUAUCACCAUGACCAGCUGGACAGAAUAUUCAAUGUAAUGGGAUUUCCUGCAGAUAAAGAUUGGGAAGAUAUAAAAAAGAUGCCUGAACAUUCAACAUUAAUGAAAGAUUUCAGAAGAAAUACGUAUACCAACUGCAGCCUUAUCAAGUAUAUGGAAAAACAUAAAGUUAAACCAGAUAGUAAAGCAUUCCACUUGCUUCAGAAGUUACUUACCAUGGACCCAAUAAAGCGAAUUACCUCAGAACAGGCUAUGCAGGAUCCCUAUUUCUUAGAAGAUCCACUUCCUACAUCAGAUGUUUUUGCCGGUUGUCAAAUCCCUUACCCAAAACGAGAAUUUUUAACAGAAGAAGAACCUGAUGACAAAGGAGACAAAGUAAGUAUUAAAAACCAGCAGCAGCAGCAGGGCAAUAACCAUACUAAUGGAACUGGUCACCCAGGGAAUCAAGACAGCAGUCAUACACAGGGACCCCCGUUGAAAAAAGUGAGAGUUGUUCCUCCUACCACUACCUCAGGUGGACUAAUCAUGACCUCAGACUAUCAGCGUUCCAAUCCACAUGCUGCCUAUCCCAACCCCGGACCAAGCACAUCACAGCCACAGAGCAGCAUGGGAUACUCAGCUACCUCCCAGCAGCCUCCACAGUACUCACAUCAGACACACCGGUACUGAGCUGCACUGGAAUGUUGUCGAUGCACUGUUGCUAGCGCUGCAGGACUGACGGUGCAGCUCUCUGCGGGAACCUGGUAUGGGCCAUGGGAAUGUACUGUACACCCACAUCCUCAAACUGUCCGGUAGCCAAGUUCCACCACUUUUCACAGACCGGGGUAGUGGCUUCCAAGUUGUACCUGUUUUGGAGUUAGACUUGAAAGAAAGUGCUAGCACAGUUUGUGUUGUGGAUUUGCUACUUCCAUAGUUUACUUGACAUGGUUCAGACUGACCAAUGCAUUUUUUUCAGUGACAGUCUGUAGCAGUUGAAGCUGUGAAAUGUGCUAGGGGCGAGCAUUUGUCGUUGUAUGUGGUGAAUUCUUUCAGUGUAACAACAUUAUCUGACCAAUAGUACACACACACACACACACACACACACACACACACACACA